AUGCUGUUUAGGAAGUUCAACUUUUUCGGAGGCUACUGUGGAAUGUCAUUUUUGAAUGGCGUUUCGCAAGGAAGUGGAGAUAAUGCAGACGAGUGCCCAUCUUCUGGAAGAGUACUAGCAAUUGCGGGAUGCACCAAUUCGGGUAAAACUACGAUCGCGAAAAUUUUGGCUAAGAUGUUUGAAGAGGAUGAGGCUACUGUGACAAUUGUUCAUCAGGACCAGUUCUACUACUCAAGUGAAAAGGUCGAAAAGGUGCAUAGAAAAUGCGCGAAUAACCCCAGUUUCUUCUACAACUACGACGUAAAAACUUCUGUGGAUCACGACAAAUUAGUCAACGCAGUCAAGGCGGGGUUCUUCCUUCUAAAUCUGAAAAUUGUUCAGGGAAUGCUAGCGUAUGAUUACGUCAUCGUUGAGGGAAACAUGCUAACAGAAUGGGCAGAUGUCAUUGAACUUUGUGAUCGUGUGAUUUUUCUCACUCUCAAUCAGGAUACCUGUCGCCGGCGACGCAUCAGACGUAGUUACGAUCCGCCCGAUAUUCCUGGUUACUUUGAAGAGGUGCUUUGGCCAGCGUAUCAACAACAUUUGCAAAAAGCCCUGGCGAUUGCGCGAGAAGAUCGUCGUAUAUCAUUUUUGGAUGUGGCAUCUGAUACGGAUCACCCUGAUGCAGAACAUAUGCUAACGGUACUUCUUUUAUCGCUAGUUGGUGUUCGUCAACAGUCUCCUUUCAUUUCUCUCUUUGUAAAAGACUCGAGACGAGGUUUAGCCCUCCCCAGCAUGCUUUUUUGCUGCGGACUUCACUGUUCCCUUAGUCUGGAGCAUUAUCGCAAUGUAGUGAGAUCUAGGUACACCCCAGUAGGGGACGCUGCCUUAAAGAUAGUUUAUUUUUGUAAUGAUUGUUUAAGCCCCUCAUGCGGAGCCACAUCAGUGUUCGUUGGAACGACUCGUGAUACCUUUGAUGGUCGGAAAGUUGUGAGGCUUGAUUAUGAGAGCUACGACGAAAUGGCUUACAAAGAAUUACGCAAACUAUGCAAAACAAUCCGCAUUAAAUAUCCAUCUGUAGAACGGAUUGUCAUGAUACACAGGUGAGC